GUGAACUACUUUGGCAGCCCGGUGACUUGCACGGCCGAGCCGAUAUUGACGGAGCACAAGAGGCAGUUGUACACGAAGAAGAUAAUCCCCGAGGCCGUCAAGCUGCACGCGGAGCGACUUCUCGUGCGGCCAGUGACUGAGAACAUUGUUGUGCCAAUAAAUCCCAAAGGACAUUGCCGGCACUUUACAAUUCCAACUGGAGCACAUGAAAGAGGAGUGGUGUGGCGGGUGCCGACAUUGUCCCCUACGCCGCUGCCGGGCCACUCAGUCAUUACAUUCCAGCGUGGGCGGCCAAGUGCGCUACGUGGAGUGACUUUUGCCCUUCCGUCGGCGCCAUGA